CCUGAUGGCACCCUUGUAACUGCAUCACUGUAAAUCGGACUUCUAAAGCAAGCAGCCUAGCCUAGCAGCUGACAAGAGUGAAUGUAGGUGAGAAACAUUACCUUAUUCUUGCAGCAAGAGAACUAUUUUGUGAUAAGUGAAACUGGAAUGUACAAGGAGGAAUAUCCUAUGGAUAUUAUAAAGGAAGAAGGAUUUCCCUGAAUGACUUGGUGGUGCGUGAGAAAACAACUUUCAGAAGGAUGCUUUCUAUUAAGCUGCUGCAUUGUUCCUGAAGGAAAUGCUUUUAUUUCUCGUGCACAUUAUUUCUUCAGAAGGUUUAACAGCAAAGACUGACAAGAGACUCUGAAAUGCCUGUACUUGGGAAAAAAAAAAAAAAGACUUUUGGCAAAUGCCAACCUGCUGUCAAAGUGACCUUGGAAGCAUUUUUGAUGGAUUGCUUCAUUCUAUCCUGCCAGCUUUUCAGUAUUCCAAACUCUAGGAUUUAAGCUCAUCUUAAUGCUUUAGAGACGUUUUUUAAAACAAGACCAUCUCAUAACCUACCUAAUGGCCCCUGCGUUAAUUGAGCACUUGCUCAAAAUAGAACGCAGAAAUAGAAGAAGCAUUUUCUUAACAUAUGGCUGCUACAUAACUGCAAAUAUAACAAACAAGCUUAUCCCCCUCCCUACCCCCUCAAAGCAGAGGUGUGUCACUGCUGCGCUGAGGCUGACGAAGAGACUUACUUGAGCAGCUCUCUGGAACGCUCAGCUGUGAUAGAAGCACUGACACUGUCUACUGAAGCAGAUUCUGAGACACUCGUGUGCAGAGUGUAACUGAUGCUGGGCCAGGCACCUGCUUGCUAUAGCCAAAGCUGCAGGUUUCCUUAAUCCCAAACCAUGAAUGAAUCCAGGGGGACUGAACAGAGGAUCCUGAACAUGAGCAGUGGAAUCGUGAAUGUAUCUGAGCAUCACUCCUGCCCACUUGGAUUUGGCCAAUACAGUGCAGUGGAUGUCUGCAUCUUUGAGACAGUUGUCAUUGUCCUGCUGACUUUCUUAAUCAUUGCUGGAAAUUUAACGGUCAUUUUUGUCUUCCAUUGUGCUCCACUCUUGCACCAUUAUACUACCAGCUAUUUCAUUCAGACGAUGGCAUAUGCUGAUCUCUUCGUUGGAGUUACCUGCUUGGUUCCUACUCUCUCACUUCUCCACUACUCCACAGGUGUCCACGAGUCAUUGACUUGCCAGGUUUUUGGAUAUAUCAUUUCAGUUCUAAAAAGUGUUUCUAUGGCCUGUCUUGCUUGCAUCAGUGUGGAUCGUUACCUUGCAAUAACCAAGCCUCUUUCCUACAAUCAGCUGGUCACUCCUUGCCGCCUGAGAAUUUGCAUUAUUUUGAUCUGGAUCUACUCUUGCUUAAUUUUCUUGCCUUCAUUUUUUGGCUGGGGGAAACCUGGCUACCACGGUGACAUUUUUGAAUGGUGUGCCACCUCUUGGCUCACCAGUGCUUACUUUACUGGCUUCAUUGUUUGUUUACUUUACGCUCCGGCUGCCUUUGUGGUCUGCUUCACAUAUUUCCACAUUUUCAAAAUUUGCCGGCAGCACACCAAAGAAAUAAGUGACCGAAGGGCCCGAUUCCCAAGCCAUGAAGUGGAUCCCUCUGGAGAGGCUGGACACAGCCCAGACCGUCGCUAUGCCAUGGUUUUGUUUCGGAUAACCAGUGUCUUUUACAUUCUGUGGCUGCCCUAUAUCAUUUAUUUUCUUCUAGAAAGCUCCCGGGUCUUAGACAACCCGACACUAUCCUUUCUCACAACCUGGCUUGCUAUAAGUAAUAGUUUUUGUAACUGUGUAAUAUAUAGCCUCUCCAACAGUGUUUUCCGGCUGGGCCUCAGAAGACUGUCCGAGACAAUGUGCACAUCUUGCAUGUGUGUGAAGGAUCAGGAAGCACGAGAUCCCAAACCUAGGAAACGGGCUAAUUCCUGUUCCAUUUGAAGAAAAC